GGGGCAGGCAGGCAGGCAGGCAGGCUUUAACUGUUGCUGAAACAGGACUUUGGCUGUACCUGUUACUGUGGCUAGUGUGCAUAUUUCUGUGGCGUAUUGUGUUCACGUAUAUCUCUGUGUGGUAACUGUGGUUCCUCUGGUGUGCGUUCGGCUGUCUAUUGGUGUCGGUUCUGUCGGUACCGGGCUCAGUGUGAUCUCAGUCAGUGUUCAGGCCUGUCUGAGCACAUUCACAACUACUGGACUGAGCUGAGCUGAGCUGACAUCACCAUGGACAAAGCAGAUUUCCUGAAAGGACUACCUGUGUAUAACAAGACUAACUUCAGCAGGUUUCACGCAGAUUCUGUAUGUAAAGCAUCGAACAGAAGGCCAUCAGUCUAUCUGCCUACGAGGGAAUACCCCUCUGAACAGAUCAUUGUCACAGAGAAAACAAACAUCCUUUUGCGUUACCUUCAUCAACAGUGGGACAAAAAGAAUGCAGCAAAAAAGCGAGAGCAGGAGCAAGCAGAUGGAGAGGGAGGCAGCCCAGCACCCCCUCGUAAAAUCGCCCGGACAGACAGCCAGGAGAUGAACGAAGACUCUUAGAGAAACCUGCCACCCAACAGCACAAGGACAGAUACGACAAGCCCAGCUCUCUCCUGUGCACACCCCACAGGAAUUUCAUCUCAGAAAAAAGAAAGAAAUGGAUAAACACUUAUAGUGUGCUUUUUAUUUCACUGAGUGCUUCCUGAUGCAGUCAGUGCCCCUCACCCAGCCUGUCUGCCCAGUUUUUAACACAUGGGGGCACGACGGGGUGCCACUGCCAACUUUGGUUCUGCUGAACUCUGAACUGCUGGGGGGGGGAAUAUUUGCAGAAAUAUUUACCAAGCACAUAAUAAGGAAUGUCCAGAGUGUCUGCUAUGAACCGUUGUGAGAUGUGACAUUGUGAUUUGUUAGGACACUAUAAAUGAAAUGAAAAGUGUUUAAGCAUUCUCAUAAUCUUUGCUGUGGAUCGUUGCUUUCCUGAUACACUCCGCCACAGGUACUAAAAACAGUCUCUCUUCAGUGUCCAAAAAGGGAAAUGUCUGAAAUAUACAGCCUUGUUUGGCAGAGUUAGAUGUAGUAUUUUGUGUUGGUAUAAUGUGACGGUCUUCCUAGCAGAUGCAUACUUGUGCAUGAAUGCACUGCUAGGCCUCUUUAUCGCUCACCAAUGUCACAGGUCAAGGAUGACAGUGCAGUUCUGAUGAUGUGAAGAAAUACAAAUGGUGAGUUACAAAUGCAUAGUCAAUGUGUCUCUCUUUCUCUCUCUCAUACUACCCCAUCUUGUCAUAUAAGCUUUCAGUGCUUUGUUAGUUUCAGCAGGCUUUGCUCUGGAGUCAUCAACCGAUUGACUGCCUUAAGAUACUAGGUUUUAUCAUUGACUUUGAUUCUAGUCUGAAUGAAUCCCUGUGUGCUGAUCCAGUUAUGGUCAUUUUGCCUACUACGUAUGAUGGGACUUUGCCCAAGUUGGACAUUAAUGAGGCCUCUUGUUUGUUAUCUGGAUUUGUAAAAAAAUUUUUCCCUAGUUCUGUGAUUUGAGGCAUAACUAUGCAGCAGUUCUUCUCUUAACCUGAAGAGGUAGUCAGUGAACUGUGGUUGUGGAGGAUCCGGUUAAAUAGGAGGAGCUUUGUGCAUGUUGCUUAAUACUGUGCUGCAGCAGGUGUACUCGCAACAUAUCCGUAAUACUGUGUGCUUUUACUGUGUCUUUAGGCACAAUAUUAGGAGAUGUUAAGUCAGCUAUGCCAGUGGUUUAUUGUCUUAAAAAGUGUUCCAAAUCAUUUUUCUUGGAAAGGUUUGUUGGUGUGUUCUAAUAAAAAAAUAAAAAGUAAACUUAUUAAA